AUGUUUUUUGUUCUGUGUCAUAUGAAUGAAGUAGUCCGAGGAGUGCCGAAAACGUACCGCGGGAGACGCCGCCAUUACAGGCUUGCUUGUGAUCAGACGAAGUGUACUUUUGGAGUGAUCAAAGCAGGACAGUUAAGAUGCGCAGAGGACAAAGAGAAUUUUGAAACAGAUCUCAAAAGAGCAUUGGCUCUAUAUCAAAAGGGAACUCCAGACACUGUCAGUGAAGGCAGCGAUACUAAGGGAAAUCCAGACACUGUCAGUGAAGGCAACGAUACUAAGGGAAAUCCAGGCACUGUCAGUGAAGGCAACGAUACUAAGGGAAAUCCAGACACUGUCAGUGAAGGCAACGAUACUAAGGGAAAUCCAGACACUGUCAGUGAAGGCAACGAUACUAAGGGAAAUCCAGACACUGUCAGUGAAGGCAACGACUCUAAGGGAAAUCCAGACACUGUCAGUGAAGGCAACGAUACUAAGGGAAAUGCAGACACUGUCAGUGAAGGAAAACUGAUGUUGAUCCAAGAUUUCAAUGCAGUCAGCAAAUUCAAAGGCAAAAGUAUUCAAGAGAUCAGUGUAGAUGAAAUCAUACAAGAAGGAGAAGACUUUGUCUCUGGGAAUUCUAGUGACAUUGAGGCGGCAUUGCACCAAAAAAGUCAGGAGAACACAGAAAUGGAAUCGGAGGAAACACCAGAAGCUAUGGAAUUGGAGGAAAUCCCACAAACUUCCAGACCACUGCCACCAAAAGAGAAAAAAGCGACAAAACAGAGAGUUAAAUGGACAUGUGAAGAAAUCGAAGAGGUUGAAAAGCUCUUCCAGGACAACUUAAAAAAUGGGAAAUGUCCUGGUUUCAAGGAAGUCAAGAAAUGCAUUGCUAUAAGCAAAACACAGAAUGGACUUAUCCACAACAGACAGUGGGAGACCAUUAAAAAGAAAGUUUGGAAUCUAAUCCAAAAAAAAAAGUAGCUCUUCAAAUGUGUAUUAACUAUCUCUGAAAAU